CACCAACACCAUUCCCCCUCACUUCUCUCACACUAGUUCAAUUCAAGACAUCUUGAACAAAAUCUCCCCAAAUCAACAAAAACCCACCUCUCAAAACCCUAAAUCUUCUACUAAACCAUCAAAAUCAAUCAAAAAAUUUUCAAAUGGGUCUCAAAAUUGUAUCCCCAUCAAGCUCAGAACCCCAUUACAAAACCAAAAAACUCUUCCUUUACAGCAAUUACAUGCUCUUAGGAGCAGCAUCAAGCUGCAUCUUCCUAACCCUUUCGCUCCGCCUCAUCCCAUCUCUUUGCGGCUUCCUCUUCAUCUUCCUCCAUCUUCUCACAAUCCUGGGCGCCUUAGCCGGAGCACACGCAGCCAGUACAGGGGCCCACCGUUGGUACGGUGCUCAUAUGGCCGCCACAGUUCUUACCGCCAUUUUUCAGGGUUCGAUCUCGGUUUUAAUCUUCACUAGGAGUGAUGAUUUCUUAAUUAGUCUAAAAUCAUAUGUUGAAGAGCAUAGUGGGGUUAUGAUCUUGAAAUUGGCUGGUGUGUUGUGUGUGGUUAUGUUCUGUUUGGAAUGGGUUGUUCUUACUGUUGCUUUCUUUUUGAAGUACUAUGCUGUUGUUGAAGGUGAUGUUAAUGGCGGAAUUAAGAGGAAUACUGCUAAAGUUGGAAGUUCUGAGGAAGAAAUGGGGUAUUUGCCUUACCCUUCUGCUGGUUUAAAUGUUUAGAACUAGAAAUUUCAAUUUUCAUCAUGAAUUUGAAAUUUGGAUAAUGAUGUGAUGGGUUUUGGACUUUUGGGUAUUCUUUGAUUCUUUGAGUUUUAUGUAAUUUCAAUGUGGUUUUGGUUUUGGUUUUGGUA